GAAAGAAUUUAUACCGGAAAUUAACAAACGAGCAGGCAUAUAAACCUGAGGAACACACUGAUAAAAUCAUGGAAAUAUUGAAGAUGAAAGUUGAACCAUUGUAUGAUGAGGAACAGAGAGUUUUGUUGGAUGUCAAAUUGCCAAAAAAUGAAGAAGAAACCAUAGAAAUAUCACCUUAUAGGAAAGCUAGUUUCAUAGAAGGACAUUUCAUUCUUGAGCUUGGUAGAAUGAAAAUGGAGCAAGAAGAAAACUAUGGUGAAGUGAAAGAAAAAGUUGAGAAUACAUUUGUCAGAAUGACAACCGAGCAGCCUGGUGAUAUGAAAGAUGAGACUAUUUCUGAGUUUAGUGAGAGUGGUAAUGAUGAUAUAGAUAGUUUAAAAGAUGAAAUCAUGAGUGUGAAAGAAGAAAAUGAAUUUAAAGAUGAAUUGCUACAAACUGAUUCUGGGUUGAUAGGUACUUGUGAUCCAAAGACCUACAGGAACAAUGGUUGUGGAAAGGAGUUUCUUUUUACAAGAACAGAAAACAGCAAAUUUCAGAAACUGAACAAUAGUGACACUAUUAGCAAAACAUAUUCAGUAGGGAAUAACAUAAAACAACAUUGCAUUCUCCAUGAAAGAAAUAAAAGGUUUUGUUGUAUUUUCUGUAGUAAAGAAUUUGAUAGAAAAAGUGUACUACAAAAACAUGAGAGGACACACACUGGGGAGAAACCAUACAGUUGUGUAAUGUGUGGCAAAGAAUUUGGAACAAGCAGUCAUCUGAAAAUUCAUCAGAGGAUACAUACAGGAGAGAAACCAUACAGUUGUGUAGUGUGUGGCAAAGAAUUUGGAACAAACAGUCAUCUAAAAAUACAUCAGAGGAUACACAGUGGGGAGAAACCAUUCAGUUGCAUACUGUGUGGUAAAGAAUUUUACUGUAAAAAUUUCCUGAAAAGACAUCAGAGGAUACACACUGGGGAAAAGCCAUACAGUUGUGAAAUGUGUGGCAAAGAAUUUGGAACAAAUAGCAACCUAAAAAUUCAUCAGAGGAUACACACUGGAGAGAAACCUUACAGUUGUGUAGUCUGUGACAAAAAAUUUAGAAGUAGUAGUUCCCUAAAAAAACAUGAAAGAAUACACACUGGAGAAAAACAGUACAGCUGUGUUGUUUGUGGUAAUCAGUAUGCAAGAAAUAGUGAUCUAAAAAUACAUGAGAGGAUACACACUGGGGAGAAACCAUACAGCUGUGUUGUGUGUGGAAAAGAAUUUAGAAGUAGUAGUAACCUAAAAAUACAUCAGAGAGUACACUCAGGGGAGAAACCAUACAAUUGUGAAGUCUGUGGAAAAGAGAUUGGAAGUAAAAACAGCUUAAAAAUACAUCAGAGAAUUCACACUGGUGAUAAACCUUACACUUGUGAUGUUUGUGGUAAGAAAUUUAUAAGUAGUAGUUCACUUAAAAAACAUGAAAGGCUACAUAGUGAAGAAAAGCAAUAUAGAUGUGUUGUGUGUGGUAAACAAUGUGAAAAAUAUAAGGACCUAAAAAUACAUGAGAGAAUACAUACAAGAGAGAAAACAAUUACUUGUGUAGUGUGUGAAAAGAAAUUUAGUAAUAAUAGUAACCUGAAAAUACAUCAGAGGGUACACACAGGGGAGAAGCCUUACAAUUGUUUUGUUUGUGGAAAAGAGUUUGGAAGUAAUAAUAACCUAAAAAGACAUUACAGAAUGCAUACUGGGGAGAAACCUUACAGUUGUGAUGUUUGUGGAAAAAAAAUUUUCACAGACUUCAAAUUUGAAAAAGCAUCAACUUAGCCACAUUUAAAUUUAAACCUUAUAAUUUUAUAAAUGUGUUGUAAAAAACAUGAAACAUUUUGUUUCCUACAGUUAGUAAAAUUGUUUGCAUAUACCUUUUAAUUUGUGAUCGAAAUACAUACCUUGACAGCUGUUGUGGAAAUCUGUUUCCUGGCUAUCAUUUUGUAACACUUAAAGCUUCCUGUACAAAUACCAUCAAAUCUUGGGGAUGAAGGAGAUUCUGUAUCACAUUUUACAACUACGUAACGUGUGGCAACAAGUUACCAAAAGGGAAAUAAAAGAAUACUGAAAUGUAGAGAAAUCACAGAUUUGUGUAGUUAAAAAUAAAGCAUUGAGGGGAAAUAGUGCAACACAGCAGAAGAUACAUACUGUGGAGAAGUUCUGUUUACAGAAUUUUCAGUUAAAAAUGGAUGCAUCUUUCUGCAUCAGAUGGAGUUUGUAUUGUUUGGGAAAACAUAAAGUAUUGUUAUUGAAAAUUUUCACUGUUAAUAUUUAUAAAACUGAUAUCAGUAUAGAAAUGAACCAUGCAUAUUUACAGGUUUGUGUAGCAAAUAAAUUAGAACUUCCAUUGACCUUACAAACCAUGAAAGAUUUACACUGGAGGGGAAAACAACCCACAAGAUUGUGUAAUGCAUCUCAGAGAAUUUUAAACUAAUAGUGACUUGAAAAUAAAUGAGUGAUUUACAUGUAGAAAACACUACAAGAUUAAGUAGAGUGAGUUGAGUGUAAUGUUAAUCUAAAACUGUAAGAUUAGAUAAAUUAUGGAGAAACAAUUCAUACAGAGUUUUCAAACACAUACUCUACAUGAUUAGUGUGUUUGUGUUAAUUUAAAACUGUAAGAUUAGAUAAAUUAUGGAGAAACAAUUCAUACAGAGUUUUCAAACACAUACACUACAUGAUUAGUGUGUUUGUGAGAAGAAAUUUUCAGAAUUAAAAAAAAAUAUAUUAAUUGGCAUGAAAGAACUUAAUAUGAAAAAUUGUGUUUCGUAACAAGAAAUUAUCCAAAUUAUAUGAAAGCCUGAGUUGUAACCUUUAUCACUUAUUUGGUGUGAUAAUAUAUCCUUGUAUUUAUCAGUAUGUUUUCUGUUUGGCUAAUUUUUUUUACAGUUGGAUUUGUGGAAAUUUUAAGGAUAAUUAUAUUUAGGCAUUUGGAGUACAAUUCAAGUGUAACAAGCCUAAUUACUCUUUAAAUUAGGCUUCAUUGUAUUUGAAAAAGUGUGUUUCUCCUAAUUUUUCCAGAUUUUAAUCGUUAAAAAUUAACCACGUUUAUAAAAUGGCUGUGCACAGUAUCUUCAGAAUUGAUGUAUACACUGCUUAAUUAUGCAUUGUUUUUAUAAAAUAUUGUAUUACCAUGAGCAGGGGCAUUAUCAGGAUGUGGAGGUGAACAAACCCUCUUUUGAACUACAAAUAAACAUUAUUUCCAUAAGCCACCACAUACUCUUCCAGAGUAA